CGAUCCAUCAAUGGCGAAGAAGGAAGCGGUCCGAGUUCUCGUUAGUGAUGCUGGAGGGCUAGUUGCACGGGAUCUCGUUCCUAUGAUCGCUAGGGGAUCAAUGCUAGGUCCUGACCAGCCUGUGAUUCUACAUCUGCUUCAUCGUGCGACUGAUGUAGAAGCUCUAGAAGAUCUUAGGAUAAUGUGUCUGGAAUCUGGACAUCCUCUCCUUGAAGGUUUUAUUGCAACAACCGAUGCUGACAAGGCAUGCAACAGUGUUGAAUUUGCAGUCCUGAUAGGAAAGGUUCCAGAGAAAACCAGAACCUUACGAUCGGGAGUGACGGUGAACAAUUUUAGGAAUUACAAGCUCCUGGCUGAUGCUUUAGAGAAUUAUGCGGCUGCCAAUUGCAAGGUUUUGGUCAUUGCGUAUCCAGCAGAUACGCUUGCAUUGACUUUGAAGAAAUGUGCACCAUCCAUUCCUCUAAAAAACAUUACAUGCCUCACUAGAUCGUAUCAUAAUUGUGCAUUGGGUCACAUUUCGUUGAGGUUGAAUGUUCCAGCUGGGAAUGUGAGAAAUGUUAUCAUAUGGGGACAUCACUCGUCACCUCAGCUACAUCUUGAUGUCGACCAUGCUACGGUUGAUAGAUUAUCUGGUGAAUAUCCUGUGCGUGAACUCAUCAACGAUGAUGGAUGGUUGAAUGGGGAAUUCAUUACGAAUUUCCAAAGGCGCGCUGCUGCAAGUAUUCAAACUUGGGGAGAUUCAGGUGCAUAUCUUAUUGCCACAGCUGCCUGCCACCACAUCCAUGAUUGGGUGCUUGGAACUCGGGAGGGGACGUGGGUUUCCAUGGGGGUGUUUUCUGAUGGCUCUUACAAUGUGCCUGCUGGCCUCAUCUGUUCUUUCCCAGUAACUUCUCGCAAUGGAGAAUGGACCAUCGUGCAAGGUCUCCCGCUUGACGAGUUCUCCAGGAAUAAGAUGAAUUCAACAGUGGAAGAACUUAUGAAAGAGCACUUGUUGAAUGUUGCCUCUAUAGAACGUCAUCUUGGUGGGGCAGUAUAGUGUUUG